AUGGAGAAAGAAGGUAACGUUUUUCGGUGCUUCAAAACCCGGUCAGGCGCGAUCCUGCCGGAAUUCAACAAGUGGCGCUCUGCAAUUCGUGAACGAUACCUACUUCAUGCUCAUCAUUCAUCUCGGGCGAACGGCGAGCUCAAUGACAUAAUCGAACAUUACGAAGGGUUGGUCAUUGGUCGGGAGAAAGAGAUCGACACGUGGAAGGACAAGUUUUCUAAUCUCGAAGUUGACCUCCGCUCUUCUACCGACUCCAAGCAUGAUUUGGAGGACAAGGUUGAUGGUCUAUCAUCUUAG